AGCAUUGCCUGAACACACACCAGCUGUUUAAAGAUGAGCAUCCCAGUGGUGGAUUUUAGCACCUAUUCUCUGAGAGAGAGAGAUGUUCCAGAGGAACAGCUGCAGAAACUGGCCGAGGAGCUGAAGAAGGCCUUCGUAGAAAUUGGAUUUGUUCUGCUCACGAACACUGGGAUCACCCAAGAGGAGGUGGACCAAGUCAUGGACAUAUCCUUGAAAUUUCUGCUGCAGCCUAACGAACUGAAAAAACCCUUCAUCAGACAAAGCUUCCCAAACAAUCUGAACCACGGCUGGGUGCCCAUGGAGACAGAGAAGCUGAGUCCAAAACGACCUGCAGACCUAAAGGAGGCGUUCAACACUGCUUCAUUUCACCCUGACAUUAAAUGGCCUUCAUCAGAUGCUGUCAAAGGUUUCAAAGAGAUCCACACGUCUUUCUUCCAGCGCUGUAAAGAGCUGAGUCUGCGGAUCCUGAGGGUGAUGGCCCUCAGUCUGGGUCUGGAUCCAGAUGUUUUCCUGCGUGCACAUCUUCUCAUAGGCACUGAUGAAAAUGCCACAACAAUGCGGUCCCUGUACUACCCCCCAGUCAAGACGGCAAAGGAAAACCAGCUGCGAUGUGCAGAGCAUUCAGACUAUGGCAGCAUCACUCUGGUGUUCCAGGGCUCUGAUGGACUAGAGGUUUGUACACGCACAGGUGACUACAUCUCCGCACCCAACGUCCCCGGAGCCGUCCUGAUCAACAUCGCUGACCUGAUGCAACGCUGGACUGCUGAUCAGUUUAUCUCUGUGAGUCACAGGGUUUUGCUGCCCACCGCUGGAUUUCACAGCACUCGACAGUCUGUGGCUUUCUUCGUCCAUCCAGACAACGAAGCCCUGAUCACCAGCUGCGAUGGAUCAAACAAGUACCCGCCCAUUAAAGCAGGCGACUACGUCACUCAAAAAUUCAACGAGUCAUAUAAGCAAAAUUAA